CCUCCCUUCCCUCCCCAGGAGGUGCAGGUCCAGUUGGGCCAGAAACCUGGGGUGCUGCAGGUACGAUGGAAGCCCCCCCUCCUCACCCCCACUGGAACCUCCAAUGGAGCCAGCGUGAUUGGCUAUGCUGUGUGCACAAAGGGACAAAAGGUGCGUUUGAAUGAUGUAUUAUGCAGAACCUCAUGUUCAGUGCUGUAAAAGGGAGUGAGUAUUGUAACAGCUAACCUUCAGUGCUGUGAUUUGUAUGUAACACUCUACCGCCAUCUGCUGGAGAGUGGUGAUGAAACAGUGAUGUUCAGUCUAUGGUUUCUGCAGGGCUUUUGUAAUGCAGUGGUUUACAAACAGAUGUUAACCAGGCUCCAUUUUGCCUGAAAUUCUGAAAUAAUAUAUUGUGUUUAUUACAUAAGAUAUGUGUAUUGAAGAGGUGUGUGUGUGUUGUCCCUGUCCUGUGUGUGUCCAGAUAGCGGAGGUGAUGUACCCUACGGCAGACUAUGUGACAGUGGAGCUGAACAGGAUCCAGUGUCUGGAGGCCAGGGAGGUCAUUGUCAGGACGUUAUCAGCACAAGGAGAGUCUCAGGACUCCCCCGUGGCCACCAUACCACACAAUAUCCUGGGGCCUCCCCAUCACUCACCCCACCACCGCCCCCCUGCACACCCCCAUCCUAUGCCCCAGCCCCAGCACCAUCCGCCACACACACAAACACACCCGCCCUACCCCCAGACCUACCCCCUGUCACACCCCCAACCUCAGGUCCACCCUCGAUCCCAGCCCCACACCCUGCCUCAUGGUCAGCCUCUGCACCUCCCAGCCCCUCACCCCCAGCCCCAACACCAGCCUUACCCCAUGUCUAAGCCCAAACUAGUAAGUGCCAGAGAGUCAGAAACCAAAGAGCAUGAGGCAGGCCUGCGGCCUGGCCCGCCCUGGGAACGCUCCCUCUCGCCCCUCCCUCCUCCCAUGUGUGGACACAGUCUGGAGCCGCCCCACUUCCAGGGGCGCCGUUCGCCCUCUCCUCAGAGGAUCCUGCCCCAGCCUCAGGGAGCCCCCAUCCCCAACACCAUCGCCAAGGCCAUGGCCAGGGAAGCUGCACAGAGAGUGUUCGCUGAGAGUAACCGGGUAAGCAGCCACAGAGCCACUAUAAAUACAGUAUACUUAAGCAAUAAGGCCCAAGGGGGUGUGGUAUAUGGCCAAUAUACAACGGCUAAGGGCUGUUCUUAGGCACGACGCAACGCGUGGUAUAUUGGCCAUAUACCACAAACCCCGAGGUGCCUCAUUGCUAUUGUAAACUGGUUACCAACGUAAUUAGAGCAGUAAAAAUACAUGUUUUGUCAUACCCGUGGUAUACGGUCUGAAAUACCAUGGCUGUCAGCCAAUCAGCAUUCAGGGUUUGAACCACCCAGUUUAUAAUUCAGAUUGACCUAUGGCAUGAUGAUGUACAGCGCAAACAGAGCUUGAUUUGUGUGCCAAGUGCCUUCGAAACUCUCAACACCACAUGGUACUACUGAUUCAACACUAUAGAGAACUAAUAUCACGUAUCAUUGUGAUGCAUCUGCAGCAGAGGAGGCUGGUGGGAGGAACUAUAGGAGGACAGGCUCAUUGUAAUGGCUGGAAUGGAAUAAAUGGAACGGAGUCAAACAAUUGGUUUCCAUAUGUUUGAUGUGUUUGAUACGUUCUAUUUAUCCCAUUCCAGCCAUUACAAUGAGCCUGUCCUCCUAUAGCUCCUCCCACCAGCCUCCUCUGAUCUGCAGCUAUAUGUAAGGUUUUAUUGUCGCUGUUUUCCUUUGUCAGAUUGAGAAGAGGAACAUCUUCAGUGAGCGGAGCGUGAACUCUGAUGAGGAGGAGGAUGGUUAUGACUCUCCCCACACCAGGAGGAGAGGGGCCUCUGUGGACGAGUUCCUCAGAGGCUCUGAACUAGGGAGACAUGUACGGGUAAUACAAAACAACAACCCUGUCGCAUGUUAAAUACAGAAUAACACACCCACUGGGCACAGACGUCAAUUCAACGUGUAUUCCACAUUGGUUUAACGUAAUUUCAUUAGAAUGAUGUGGAAACAACGUUGUGUGCCCAGUGGGUAGUUUGUUUCUGUCCCCAUCAUCACUCUGGAGACAUUCCUCCUGGCAAAAAUGCAUUCUAUUCUAUUCUCAGUGUAGAGUUAGAGUGAUGUGGACAAAGAAACAUUUAUAAAGACUUUAUACGUUUUUAAACAAGUUGUUACUUUAACCUGUGGCUCCAUGUUCCAGCUGGUCGUCCCCCCUAUUUCCCAGCACCACUACAGCCACAGUGAAGAGUACCAGACAGAGAGCAGCCGCGGCUCAGACCUGUCUGACAUCAUGGAGGAGGACGAGGAGGAUCUGUAUUCUGAGAUGCAGCUGGAGGAGGGCCGUCGACGCAGCAUCAACUCUCACAACACUCUCAAGGUACAGCACACACACAUAUACCCCAUCUAGUGGUGGUCUGACCCGGGGAGGAGAGGAGGGUACAGAGGGAGGUUGGGGUGAAAGGGAGGGUCAUCCCAUCUACCGUGGCCCAGACUGCCCUAUCUCACUGUCAGGCUCUACAUGUACGCCCGCUGUGGCUUUGCCUGCUGAGCGCUCCAGCCUUGUCUAAGCUGAACAGCACACCACAUCAGCUUUAUCAUCCAAGGCUUAACUUACCCAUCUGAAUGGCUGUAAUACACACCCAGCAUGUACUGUAUGAAGAGAGGUGAACACACUAUGUGUUGUCUUACUGAUCUUGGUAUUGAUAGAAACAUGGAAUGUUGUUUUGUCUCAAUAUGUAUUGCAUUUUAAUAUACAGUUUAAGAAUGUCCAUAUUUUGUAAUUAUUAUUGUUCAUGAAUACUCUGUUAAUACUCUGUGUUGUAACGGAAUAUGUCAGUGGCCAAACAUUUACCUUAUAAAAUGUACUGUACCAUCAGCUAGAAGGGUCAUGGUACAUCGAAUUCAUAGGGGAAUCUCAUUUAAGUGAGUUUAGGCUACUUAAAUGGAAGAAUUCACUUUUGGUUGUGUUCGUCUCAUGUUCUACCUUUUGUGUUAGUUUUUUUUGGUGAUGUGUAGAUGAUGGUUACCUUUGUGGAUGUGUGGACCUGUCUCCAUUGAGUAUGUUGAAGGGACACAUGGAUGUGUAGCCAAUAGUCAUUGUGUAACAAGAUCUACUGAGUGACAUUAUUAGUAGUGAAACAGGCUAUUUUUACUGCGUUGAUCAUAAAUACGAAGUAAAGUGUUAAACUGUAUUCAUUGGGAGUGUCGAUGUAUGAAAGGCUUCCAAGACGCUUCCAAAGAAACAUGUUUGUAUUUCAGCUGUGAGUAGACUUUCAGUUGAUAAGAGUCAGCCAGAUAUGAUGCCUUACAGUGAAUGAAUCCAACCCUGUAUAUUGUACAGUACUCAACAGAACAGUCUUUUUAGGUCUAUUAUUAAUAUGCCGAUACUGAAUCUGCCUAUGUUUCAUAUGACAGUACCUCAUCAUGUCAUCAAUCAGUAUAUCUCAUGUCUGUGCAACAAAUGCAUGUCCUGUAUGUAUUCAUGUCUUUUUAUUAUGUUCUUGAAAUGGAGUAGAGUGUUCUGUGCAGUAGUGCAUGCAAUAAGGGUCAAAAAGCAGAAGCAAGCACAUUUAGUAGAUAGUCAUUAUUGGAAAAUCUAAAUCUGUCAUAAGAACAGAUAAUGUCUGAAAAUGUAGAACAGACUGAGAUACCUUUAAAAUUUCUUAUUUUGCUUAUGCAAGUGCUUUGCUCAGUUUGCUGCCAUAUUCCUCUUAGUUAGUAUAUAUACAGUGGGGGAAAAAAGUAUUUAGUCAGCCACCAAUUGUGCAAGUUCUCCCACUUAAAAAGAUGAGAGAGGCCUGUAAUUUUCAUCAUAGGUACACGUCAACUAUGACAGACAAAAUGAGGAAAAAAAAUCCAGAAAAUCACAUUGUAGGAUUUUUUAUGAAUUUUUUUGCAAAUGAUGGUGGAAAAUAAGUAUUUGGUCAAUAACAAAAGUUUCUCAAUACUUUGUUAUAUACCCUUUGUUGGCAAUGACACAGGUCAAACGUUUUCUGUAAGUCUUCACAAGGUUUUCACACACUGUUGCUGGUAUUUUGGCCCUUUCCUCCAUGCAGAUCUCCUCUAGAGCAGUGAUGUUUUGGGGCUGUCGCUGGGCAACACGGACUUUCAACUCCCUCCAAAGAUUUUCUAUGGGGUUGAGAUCUGGAGACCGGCUAGGCCACUCCAGGACCUUGAAAUGCUUCUUACGAAGCCACUCCUUCGUUGCCCGGGCGGUGUGUUUGGGAUCAUUGUCAUGCUGAAAGACCCAGCCACGUUUCAUCUUCAAUGCCCUUUCUGAUGGAAGGAGGUUUUCACUCAAAAUCUCAUGAUACAUGGCCCCAUUCAUUCUUUCCUUUACACGGAUCAGUCGUCCUGGUCCCUUUGCAGAAAAACAGCCCCAAAGCAUGAUGUUUCCACCCCCAUGCUUCACAGUAGGUAUGGUGUUCUUUGGAUGCAACUCAGCAUUCUUUGUCCUCCAAACACGACGAGUUGAGUUUUUACCAAAAAGUUAUAUUUUGGCUUCAUCUGACCAUAUGACAUUCUCCCAAUCCUCUUCUGGAUCAUCCAAAUGCACUCUAGCAAACUUCAGACGGGCCUGGACAUGUACUGGCUUAAGCAGGGGGACACGUCUGCCACUGCAGGAUUUGAGUCCCUGGCGGCAUAAUGUGUUACUGAUGGUAGGCUUUGUUACUUUGGUCCCAGCUCUCUGCAGGUCAUUCACUAGGUCCCCCCGUGUGGUUCUGGGAUUUUUGCUCACCGUUCUUGUGAUAAUUUUGACCCCACGGGGUGAGAUCUUGCGUGGAGCCCCAGAUCGAGGGAGAUUAUCAGUGGUCUUGUAUGUCUUCCAUUUCCUAAUAAUUGCUCCCACAGUUGAUUUCUUCAAACCAAGCUGCUUACCUAUUGCAGAUUCAGUCUUCCCAGCCUGGUGCAGGUCUACAAUUUUGUUUCUGGUGUCCUUUGACAGCUCUUUGGUCUUGGCCAUAGUGGAGUUUGGAGUGUGACUGUUUGAGGUUGUGGACAGGUGUCUUUUAUACUGAUAACAAGUUCAAACAGGUGCCAUUAAUACAGGUAACGAGUGGAGGACAGAGGAGCCUCUUAAAGAAGAAGUUACAGGUCUGUGAGAGCCAGAAAUCUUCCUUGUUUGUAGGUGACCAAAUACUUAUUUUCCACCAUAAUUUGCAAAUAAAUUCAUUAAAAAUCCUACAAUGUGAUUUUCUGGAUUUUUUUUCCUCAAUUUGUCUGUCAUAGUUGACGUGUACCUAUGAUGAAAAUUACAGGCCUCUCUCAUCUUUUUAAGUGGGAGAACUUGCACAAUUGGUGGCUGACUAAAUACUUUUUUCCCCCACUGUAUUUCUUAUUCACAAGCCCAGGCUGUGCUUGGUGCAAUAUGUUUUAAGGCUUUUUUUAAUUAGUUAAUUCACUUAUAUGUUUCGUGAGUUUGUCACCUGUUUCAUUUAUCUGUGAGGAUUUCUCAUAUGGCAGAUUUUUUGAACCCUUUACUAAUCUGUCCUGGCUAACGAAAUCCUCUCCCAGACCCAUCCCCAGUGUGACUCUAUCACUCCCUUUGGUUCCUCCCACAGAUUCCCGUUCAGAGCAUGCCAUUUCCCCCAGCUCACGGAAUGACACUGCAUGCCUUACUGUCUGUCCAUUCUGCCACAAAUAACUAAUUCUGUUCUUAUUUUGUCUUUUUUCCCCAUUUAAUUUUUUAUUCACACACUGUGUUGUUUCCUGCCUGUUCUAACACCUUCAAAAACUAAACGAACCUCCUGAAAUUUAAACAAAACUCUUAAUUCAAAUGCCAAACCAAACCAAUCAACUCUGCGCUCCGCUCUGUGGCUGGCACGUUCUGGUCGUACAGAAGUAUUACAGGCGUCAGGACCUGGGGGAGGAGAGGGACUGCUGGGACCUACAGAGGGAGGUGGUGAGACAGAAGUCCCUACGUCGUAAACGGCUCCACAGCAUCCCUGAGGUGGCGGAGGACGAGCCUGACGGAGUGGACGGGAUGGGUCAUCAUCAUCAGCGCCUGCGCUUUGAAGACGGAGGCAGGCCUGGUACACCCCGCAUGCAUCGCAGGGUUCCCCGUAUCUACCAGCAGGACCCCCAUCAGCACAACCACAUCUCACCCAGCAAGAACCACCGCCGCCUGCUGCAGCGUCAGCACUCCUCUCCCCGCUAUGGCUACGCUUUCGAGGAGCGCCGCCUGCACCGGCUCACCAAGAGUCCUGACAGUGGCCUGGACUGUGGCAGCGAGGAGGAGGGCUCUUUGGGGUACAGGGGUUACCCCCACGGCAGCCCUAUAAGGGGCCAUGUCCGCUACAUCCACUGUGAGGGGCCGGUAGAACGAAGGGCCCUGGCUGCAGGGAGGAAGAAGCAGCUGACACGGCAGUGCAGCAUGGAUGAGGACUACUGUGACAGCCCUAAGACAGGCCACCUGUCUGACCUGAGGAACAGGGAGGUGCACUACGGGCCAGCCCGGGAGCGGGAGAGGGAGCCAGGGCAAAGCCCCAGACACUACCCCAGGGACGGCGCCCUGAGCGAGGGCUAUCACAGGGACCUUAGGGCCAGCUAUGUGAACAGGCUCAACAGGGUCUCGGACCAGCCGCUGGUGUGUGUGACUCCGACUCUUAUUUGCUGUACAUUCCAUCAGCAAGCAGUUAAACCAUACCUUUUUUAUUGGUGUUUUUUCUCUCUAUGGGUCUCACACAUUUACAUUGAUUUAUUUUUGUUUUGUGCAGUAUUCUGGCAAGUUAUUAGUAUAUGUUCAUGGUGAUUCUUAUUUGUAGUUUUUCAUGUGUGUAGUUUGUUCGUUCUUAGAACGUCCAGUGAGUUUUUAAGUGAAGCUUUUUUGAUUACCUAAAGGCCAUUUCAAAACGUUUUUGUGUCUGAUGUCUCUGAGGAGAAAUAUUCAUUUAACAACAAAAUGGCAGUUCAACCAUAAUAGUUUGCAUGGGGAUGCGCUAUCCCUAUUCUGCUCCGCCCUCCUCUCUCAACCAGCCAAUGGGGUUGAUAUGCAGCUCUGACAGACAUCUUGCCCAUCCUAUCCCACCUCUGACUUUACCCUGAUUGCUCCGCCUUCCACAGGGGAUCUCUAUUCCAGCAUGUCCUGGCUCUCAUUGCUCGUAAAGGCUGGAGUCCUAUGACAGAUCAAGCCUUUCCUAGUGGGACUACAUCGAGGGUAGUCUCUCAUAGCCUUUAGCUGAUUUAGCCAUCAGUCCAUCUGCAUCAUGUUAGUGCUUGGCAGACAAUGAACUCUCCCCUCUUCAUGUUUUCCCCUACAUUUUUUAGCAGAAUGUCCUCUCCUACUCCCAUACUACACACAGCAGUGGUCAGCUUGUUGCUCGAUCCCCCUCCCCCCAUCUCUGUCCCAUAUAUCCUGUAUGACUAACUGGAUGAGAAGCCUUUGGGCUUCAGUCUCUCUCUCUCUCUCUGGUUUGGGCCCCAAGCUGAAGCCAUUCUGGUUGUGCUCAGCUAACCAUGCCUUUCUCCAUUCUAUUCUCUUUCCUGUACUCGCUCACUCCCUCUUCUCAUCAAGGAGCUGACAUGUGCAGAACAAAAAAAACAAAUGGUCUUUAGCUAAACAUCUGAUCCUGUUGUGGUGUCUGGGGUUGAUUUACUUUGGUUUUGUUGAUGGCUUAUUGAUUUGUUUGUUCUCUUUAUUUUAUGGGUUUAUUUAUUACUCUUAUUUUGCCUCCUUAAGGACAAAUGGAAGUUACAUCAUUUGCACUUAUGGUUUUGCAAUCCUUUUGAAUGGCUGAUUUGUUCUGUGAGGGAGGCAGUGUAAAAAGGAAGUUUAUUUUAACCUAGGCUGUAUUUUCUCUCCCUCUAAAGAUUAUAGGGGAUUCCCCCUCCCAUGGAUGCUCCCAUGGCGACCGGCUGGACCAUUCAGGGAGGAGGCCGGUCCACGGUGGCAACCCCCCACAGCGACGGCCCAUGAUGGUUCCUUCUAUUGGUUAGUGCGGUCACCACAUGACGAGAUGCCCCGUCCUCCUCUGUAGGGACUGGUGUUGUGUAUUUAUUUAUCCCAUGUGUUGCCUUACCCAUGUGAGCUGAGCUGAACAUCUCUCUCAUAGACACAUGACCUUAAACAACCAUGUCGUUCUCUGUAGUGGUGUGCCCCUACACCUGUACUGUAGUUCUGACCAUCUUCAUACCUCUUUAUGGUGUUUUUGACUUGGCAUAAGCAGUUAGGGUGGAGGGGCUUCUACUGUGUACUUGGGGCUUCUAACAGAAAAAGUGAAGAGAUGUGUGGUUGUAGGUCUAUAGACUUCAUAUGCUGUGAGACUAGAGGGCUCACCCACUUUAACCCUUCCCUAUGUCUCACACAGUGCAAAGCAUUGCUGUUUUACAUUGAAGAACUCCAGAGUACAACCUGUUUCCUUAUCCCACCACCUGAUCCCCAUGACCCCUGACCCCCCCCCCCCCCCCCCCCCCCAGCAGCAUGUCCAGCCAGUUCCGUGGGCCAGAGCAGUGUGUGUGUGUGGGGGGGGGGGGGGGGGUCCCUGACAGUAACACUGUGAUCUGAUUGGUGUCUUCUGUAGAGAUCACCAUGAUGGAGAGUAACAGUGAGGGGAACCUCUCACCUGGCAAGGAGGAUGUUUACUAUCAUGGCAGUGUAGCUCGGCACAAGAUAAGGCAUCAUAAUGGUAUGUGGCCCAGCUUCUCUCUAGAACAACAUAAAUAAACCUUGCAAAUGACAGAAAAGACAGUGUUAAGAACCCUAAUUGAUAUUAGAGGUAAAUGGUAGUCUAAAGCUUGUGUGUGAAUUUUACACUGGACUGACAGGCAGCCUCAAUUCCAGGCCUCCCUUUGAGACCCUUCCUUCCUUCCUUCCUUCCUUCCUUCCUUCCUUCCUUCCUUCCUUCCUUCCUUCCUUCCUUCCUUCCUUCCUUCCUUCCUUCCUUCCUUCCUUCCUUCCUUCCUUCCUUCCUUCCUUCCUUCCUUCCUUCCUUCCUUCCCUCACCCAUCCCUUCUUUUCACCCUUCCUCUGCUCCUCCCUGGCCCUCCUCCCAGGGUGUAUAGCCUCCCCCUGUUCACUCUGUUGAUUUUGCAUGACUGAUUGUUUACAGUACAGUAAGAAGGAAAACCAUUGGAUGUGUAAGUGGACUGGUGUCUUGUUGGUAUCACUCCAUUGCACAGUGAUGAAACUGCUGUCAUCUAAACCAAACAUUACUAUUGUAUCAUUAAAACAUCAUUUAACAGAAAUGUUCACUGAAUUGUUCUAUUAAAAUAUUUGGUUUGUUUGCUCCAGGAAAUCCAUGAGUGAAUGAAUAUCACAGUGAUUCCUUUCCUUUCCCCUCACUGUCCCUGAUAUGGUCCUGAUGAGUCAGGUUUCUGCUAUGACAUUUGAUGUUCUAAUUUCUUUUAGGAAUGUUCAUUUGCCCUUUACCUUAAUACUGUAUUUCUAAUGUGAGCAUGGUUUUACCCCUCUUGUAUUGAUAAUGAAGCAUACUUCCUCAUUUUGAAGAGUGCAACGCAUGCAUGCCUGUUGAGCUCUGUGAGAGGGUGAAGUAAAACAGCAAUGAACAGUCAGUCUGUUUCCCUCCAUUCUUUUCAUGUGCAUGAUCAUUUAGUUCCCUCUUCAUCCCAUUGCUUGGCUUGACAUGUGCUGGUGUCUCUCCUACUUUACCUCUGUCUAACUGUAUCUGUAAGUGUUAUACUCUGUUUGUCGUUUUGGUGUCUGUCAUACCAGCAAAGGAUGUGUGAAUAAACUGCCAAUCUGUGCUAUCUGUCAUUUAUAGAUAGCAUAGACUUUGUACAAAGAAAAGUAUCCUGCGAACAUAUUCUCAUAAAUUCAAAUUUGUAGAUUUUGUAAUUAAGGUCUUAUAAAAAAAAAAAAUAUUUGAGCCAUGUGCUCUUUGAGAGGAUAAUAAACUUCGCAAUGGACAAAAUAGUGCAGAAUGACCGUUCUUCAAACCCCUUUAAAUCUUGGGGUCUUUUUUACACACAUACAUUUCAUGGCCCUCUCCCCUGUCUAUCAGCUCUGACAAAGUGACAUCUUCUCAUCCCCCUACCCUCCACUCCGCUCUACUCCCCAGCCUGUCCUGGGCUGGCAGUAGCAGGGCUGGCAGUAGCAGCAGUGCCCUCUCCUAUGUUUCAGAUGGGUACGGCGGGCAUGGCUGCGGGCAGGGCCGAGGGCGCCGGUCGCCAGAGUACUACGAGGAGUCGGAGCCAGAGGACCUGGCGCGUAUAUUUGUGGCCCUGUUUGACUACGACCCUCUGUCCAUGUCCCCCAACCCUGAUGCUGCUGACGAGGAGCUGCCCUUCAAAGAGGGCCAGAUCAUCAAGGUGUUUGCCUGAGCCACACAGUGCUGUAGUCCAAUCUGCUUCACUCAGACUAACAACAGUAGGGCCUAGUGAUGACUUACAGCAGGGUUCACCAACUGGCGGCCCACGGGCCAAAUUCGGGUGGUUUCAUUUGGCCCCCAAACAUACUUUUUUGUUUUUAGUUUUUUACAUAAAAGACUGUAAAUACAUCAGGAAAUCAGCUCCAAGUGAUUUAAUUUAGGAAAUCUGUUCCCACAUAUUCCCAUGCAUAAUAGAGAGACGUGAUCGUAUACAAAUGCAAGCAAUGUUUGAAAUGAUUAUGUUUUAGUCAAAUAUAUCUGUUUGGGUUAAUUUGCAGUCUACAAAUUAUUAUGUUCCAGCCCCCCGACCAUCUGCUGAAGAAAAUAAUCAUCCCGCGGCUGAAUCUAGUUGAUGAUCCCUGACUUAUCGCAUUAUGGUCAUCAAAUUUCACUAAAAUGGACAGGCCCAGAAUUUGAUAUAGUUCUGCAUCUACUCUCUGAAUUUGUUAUUAAAACAGUCAUGCUGGUGGCAGUCUCUUUCUCUCCCCCCUGCUAACAUUGUUCUCUGUGCUGGUCAGGUGUUUGGGGAUAAGGACACGGAUGGUUUCUACAGGGCAGAGAUCCGUGACCGUCCAGGUCUGAUCCCCUGUAACAUGGUGUCAGAGAUCCAGACUGAGGAUGAUGAGAUGAUGGACCAGCUACUCAAACAGGGCUUCCUCCCACUCAACACUCCUGUAGAGAAAUUAGGUAGUGCAGCACCUGGACUCCCAGUUUUUUUCUCUGCUACUUUUUCUCUCUCUGCUUUGCAGUUGAUUUUGUCUUCCCUUCCUCUUCUCUUCUUUCUCUAACUUUAUUUUUCUACACUGAUGUCUAUUGCUGAUGGUACUCUCAUUUCUCUGUCUCUACAAUCGUUUCCCUCCUUCUUUUUAUUUUCUCUGCUUUCCUGUGAAGUGAACUGCGACCGCUUCAAAGAUGGCCGCUCAAUAAACCGCAGGUCUCGAAAAUCCAAGCGAGGUCUGUGUUCUCUUUAGAUGCACUCUUCCUUCAUCUUCACGCUUUGCUUCCUCCACCCUUUCUUCACUUUUCUUCUAUGAGUGUUUGAGUAGGGAAUUCUGGGUAUUUUCUGUCCGUCUCCAACAUGCUCGUCUCCAGUAAAGUAGUGGGGGUGUUCGUUACGGCAUUCACCUUCAUGUGCCAUGUAUCAUUGAAACUGAAUCAUUCAUUCAGCCUUUGCCAUGGUAAUAGACGGUCAUUCAUGCCAAAUCAUAAGGCAUUACAUACUGUCAUUUUAGUGUGGGAAUUUACAACUGAGAGUAGUAAGGUGAGUAUCUCUAGUUGAGUGUGUUGCUUAUCAUUCUUAUUGAUUGAAGACUGUCUGUGUUUCUCUGCCCAGAGAGGAACAGGCGGAGUGGGCGUCAGCACCCCUCGUCCACACGUAGAAUGGUGGCCCUGUAUGACUACGACCCCAGGGAGAGCUCCCCCAACGUGGAUGUGGAGGUACUGCUAGACCUCUAACUUUAUAUCCUCUUCUCCCAUGCUUCACCCCCAUUUACAGACCAGAUACCAUCAGGAUGCAUGUGACUCAAUACCUCUGUCCCUACCCUUGAUUUAAACAGAAAUAUACAGUAAAUUCUUUAUAAACUGAGAAAAAGGAUAUGACCAGGAGUACAUUUUGUCCAGGUCACACAGUGUUUCCUGUAUGUACAGCUCAGUUUUUCCUAUAGGAGAUGUCUUACAGCUCAUGAGAGAAUAAUUCAACUGUAUGCUACAUGCUGUUUGUAGAGUAUUACUGCUAUUAUGGAGUCAGGUGUAGAACUAGUUCUACCCUGUUACUAAUGACUUACCUGCUUGCCUUGCCAACAUUGCACCAAUACACCAGCCAUACUUACUCCCUAGAUUUACUCCCAGUCUGUACCAUUAUUUAGUCCCCAUUAUUAGUAGCUUAACCUUUUCCUGUUGUACUUAUGGCCCUUCCCCCUGGUUUCACUCACUCUCACCUUUCUAUUGGCACGGCCACACAGUAUGGGAGAGACAGGCUGAAUGAGCAGGUGAGUGAGAGGAGCGUCCACUCUCUGUUUUCUCCGUAACUGUUGUUGGACUGUUCAGAGGAGGUGGGCUUCACAUGGUGGAUGAGGCUACAGUAUACACCUCUCAUGAAUACAGCCCCUCACUCACUGUCUGCGCUGGCAUCCUUCCUUGGGUUGGUUUGUGUGUUGAGCAGUCUCCUACGUUUGGUUUGUGUGUUUUGGAGAGGCCUGUAGGAGUGGAUAGUAGAUAGUAGUAUGGUAUCCCUAUUGUCUGUGUUGCAAUCCUGUUUUCAAACAUCCAACACUUGAUGCAUUUGAUAGUUUCAACAGUCUGCCAAGACUGCAUUGACACUUCUAGAUUUACAAUGCAUCUCUGUGAUUGGAAUAGGAAGUACAGCAUUUCACACAAAUUAAACCCUAACAGUAUCCCAUGUGGUUGGGUUAUAGAGAUAACUUCAACAGAUUCAAGCUGCUUUGAUGUAGAGAAAGCAGGUCAAACUUAACUCACACAUCUCACUGUUUUGACAGGCUGAACUGACAUUCUGCGCUGGUGACAUCAUAACAGUUUUUGGUGAAAUUGAUGAAGAUGGGUUUCAUUAUGUAAGUAUGUGAGAUGUGACUUACACUUAAUGAAAUUAAGUAGCACAUUUGUCUUCAACCAGCUUUGUGCAAAUAAACACCAGUGAAAAUGACAGUGACAGUAAUAGUAGACAGUGACAUAAUUUUGUAUCCCUUUUGUCUAGUCAUCUAUAUUGUGGAAUCCGAUGUACAUUCUAUGCGAGUCACCCUGUUUGUGAUCCCUCAGGGCGAGCUCAAUGGACACAAAGGUCUUGUUCCCUCCAACUUUCUAGAAGAAGUGCCUGAUGAUGUUGAGGUUUUUCUCACUGACACUCCAUCUCGAGAAUCUCGAUACCCCCAGGACGCUGCAGCGCGGAUAAAGACCAAAAGGGUACAUGCUCUUUCGCAGUACUAGCCCUCUGUCAUCCAUUUACUAUGUUCCAUUCCCUUUAUCUCCUUACUCCUUUAGUUUUCUGUCUGUGCUUGUGAAUGUUUCAUUCCUGAACGUAUGAUGGGAAUUCAGACUUUGGAGACAUUAUGCUGUAAACGUUGUUGAUGUCUCAGAAAUAUAACGAAAACUAUUAAUACUUGACAGAGGUACUUUUAUUUUUAAUGUUGACUGCUGUGAAGGGGGAAGCAUAUGCAUUUUAAAAUGUGGACAUAUUCAUAAAGCAUUCUCAAAGAGAAUAAACAGAAACAAUAAAAGAAAAGCAGAAUUUUAACUUUAACUGUUUUUUUGCACAUGCACAUUUAGCAUUGCAAUGAAUGCUUUGUGAAUAUAACCUGUGUUUAAUCUAAAAUAGUUUCUAAUAGAGGAAAUAGUUUUGAUGUACUGGAGGAUGAAAUAUGUAGACUGUAGCACCGCAUGUUUUCUCUUUAAGAUGCAUGAAUUCCCCUUGAACCUUUUUAUAGUGAAAAAUAAGUCUAGUACAGUAUAACUUUUGUAUUUGCUUCCGAAAGCCUUGUUUUUGUAUAUUGCUUACUUGUAAAAUAGCACGCAAGACAUCAAGAAGAUUAUGUUGCUCUUUGAGAGUAUAAUUUCAAAAGUAAUCAUAAUACUAGCAGGAAAAUAAUGUGACAAUAAUUCUUUGUUUAACAAAUAAUUGCAAGUUAAUGUUUGAAUAUCAACAGGUUUCAUCUGAAGUUUCUUGGUUGGUUUUAUAAUUUGUCAUUCUCAUAGUGCAGACUAUUGAAAUGCCAUCACUGCAUUUUUUUUUCCCUCACCCGCUUGGCAAAACAGAAGAAGAGUGUUCAUUUCACACCUUAAAGGCUCUGUUUCCGUCACGUAAGUGAGCAACUGAGGAUACCAAGGUUACGCUCCCCUCGUCUAAUGCAGAUGACAUGGGUUCCCUUAGUUUCCGCUAUGCAACACACAAACACCUUUUAUGACCUUUAUUUUGCCAGUUUAUAUUUCAGUUCAUUCAUUUUGAAUGGAUGUAAAUCGUUUUUUUAUUAACCUCAAAACAUUACUGAUAGAAUACUGUGGAACACACCAGGAUGACACACUUGACCCCAGUUUACUUGCUUGACAGUUUUUAUUUACAUUUUAGUCAUUUAGUAGAGGCUCUUAUCCAGAGCAACUUACAAUUAGUGCAUUCAUUUAAGAUAGCUAGCUGAGACAACCACAUAUAACAGUCGUAGUAAGUACAUUUUCCCUCAAUAAAGUAGUUAUCAGCAAAGUCAGUGCUAGUAUUUGACAUGAGUUUAUUGUAAAAGCAUUCAGGUUGUUGUGUUGACUUAUAAAUAAUAUAUGCCAUUUAGCAGACACUUUUAUCCAAAGUGACUUACAGUCACGCGUGCAUACGUUUUACGUACGUGUGGUCCCGGGAAUCAAACCCACUAUCCUGGCGUUGCAAUGCCAUGCUCUACCAACUGAGCAACUUAAGGACGACCACCCAUCCAAUGCAUUAGACAAGAAGCAUGGUAUCUUCAGUUGUUUCUCUGGGUGUUGUACAUUACAAUGUCCGUCUCUCAAGAUAAGUCUCCUGCUGUAAAUCAUGGUAAGCUAAAAGGCCAUUGUUGCACGUCUAGGUUGCCUCCCUGUAGUACUAGUAGUAACAUUCAGUCAGACUAUAUAGCUAACAUUCUAAUAGAACCUCCUCUCUCCUUGAAGUAGUGCACCCUGCCACACUUAAUCUAAUCAAACUCUGCUAGAAACAAGUCAAUGGUAAUUAGAUGUCUGCCAGACAGGCAAUCCAAUCAAUCAGAUAAAAAUGUAAUUGGCAUUUCUUUACCCAUAGAUGCCCAAGAUAGUGGUCUGCUCCACAAUGCCCUUGUUAAGUUGUUAGUGGGGUGCACUUUUUCUUUCAUAUAAGGAAUGAUGCGAAAUGGCAAAAAUAGCUAUUAACAUGGUUUUCUCAUAGAAAGUGGUAUCAAUUAGAUUUUCUAACCAUAUUUUAAUUAACAUGAGAAAUGGAGAAUCAAAUUUAUUAUUGAGUUUGUUUAAAUAUCUAAGUUGCUUGCGAUCAGAUUUGUAAAUACUACUUUUUUAAAGCAGGUUGAAUUGGUUCCAACAACCUUGAUGAAGUUACCUUGAUGAAGUGAUUAAUUGCUUCAAAAACUGGUAAAUCUAAACACUUAUCUCCCCUCUACAUUUGAUGAACUAUGAACAGUCAAUGCGCAGAAUCUUAUGAACCUCUUCUUGAUCUGGACGUGUGUCUAUAUGUAGUUAUGUACUACAGCCAUAUACUACUGUGAUAGAGACUACAGUCUCAUGUUAAUGGUAUCUUAAGGAUCCAUCUUUCCUAAGUGCAAUUGAAAAGAAGCCUUUUAGCUCAUGAUUACAAUUAAGGAAUAUUUAGAUAUUAGAUGUUUACUGUAACCUAGUUGUAUAUGAAUGCCCUUUAUAUUUGAAAAGAAAAUCUGCUGUCAUAUGUUGUCCCAUAAUGUUAAUACAAUAUUGUAUCUCUUGUUUUUGUGUGAAAGGCAUGGCCUUUGCCAUUGAUAGCCAUUCUGGAGAAUCUCAGCAUAAAAUGUGCUUUUGGUAAAGAGAGCAGUAGUAUGCGGACAUAUUAUUUGGCAUUGAAGUCUUUAUCUUUUAAACCAGCUUGAUGACAGACUGUGUCUACAUGGCAGUGGGGAGGGGGGUAUACAGCACCUCAGUACACUAAAGAGACGACAUCCGAGCAUUGACAAGUUGAACUGGGCUGCACUAUAAGGGAGAUAGACUGAUGAAGCCAAAGGUAUGGUGGUCCUACUGAGACAGAAUGGACUGAGUGGAAGGGAGUAGUGACUGGGGUGCAAGAGGGCUGGCUUUUUAACCCCCCUGAACUGUCCCUUACGGGUCUCCCAUUAGGUUCCAUUGGAAAAAUCGAGUCCGCCCAGAAGAGCCGCCUACCCCACAGUGCGCCAACACAUCCCCGGCUCUGGCCCUGCUACCGUGGGGCCUGGCAGUCCCAUCAGGAGUCCCCGCGAC